AUGGACACCUUCAACAAGCUGCCAGCUGAGCUGCGACAAGAGAUUCUCAUCCAAACCUUUUCCAGGCGCACUAUUUCGCAGCUUAUUCACGCCUCGCCUACUAUGCUUCAACAAUACAUCGCAUCAAAAGAGUACAUUACGAGGGCGUUGCUUGCCUCUGAAUUCGAUGAUUCAAUGGUUCAAGAUGCCAUGGCCAUCAUCCUUUUCCCUCCACACCCUACGUACGGUGAUCUAACAACCGAGGCUUUCCACCACUGCCAAUCUUGGGCUGCGCAAGAGCUCCAAAAUCCGCUCCUGCAACCUUUAACAAAACAAAACGGUCCAUUGAUCAACAAACUUGGCGAACUACAUGGGCAGCUGUUGUUUUUUGUUGAGGACUACCUUACUAAAGCAACUGCUGUCCUACCCUGUCGGGAGUACAUUUGUCUUUCUGAAUUAUCGAUAAUCCGUAACCAACUGACAUUCAAGGGCCGCCCAGUCAGCAAUCGAUUCGACGCAGCAAACCUUACAGGUUUAGAGAGAAAGCGACUAUUAAGAGCUUUUUUACGGUAUCAACUCCGAUGUUUGAUUUUCCAAGGUCGGGGUCGCUUUGUUGACAAGUAUUUCGACAAGGCAUUGCAUCAGUACGGAGACCAAAAGUUUCAGCCGUCGGACCAAGAGGCAAUUCGUUGCGUUCACACAUAUGUUAAGUCCAUCUACGGGGCUAUCUUCGCCCAGUGUAGCGAUGCAUGGCUGCCUGAAGUUGACUCAGUUCCUACUUCGUCUGCGAUCUCUGGCUUACUUUAUCCAGACAGCUUCUGGGUGGACCCUGAUGCCUAUGCAUCCGAUAUGUGCUGGCGAAGCUACAUUCCAGAUGCGUCAAAACUGGCAAGCUUGGGUUUCGAUCCUGUCAAAACGUUUCUUCGAUCCGCUGCAGCCGGAGAGCAUGGGCGGGAUCACCUCAAGAAGUGGUUCGUGGACGACUGUGUUCGGCGCCAUAAAAAAGGCGACCCCUACUGGUGGAUCAGCGACCGCAGUCUGAUGGGUUACAAUAGCGGGCAUGAAGGGGAAGAAGAUUGCCAAAAGAGUCCAGGUAUGUACCAGAGACUCCACCUCCGUAUUGCAGCCACCUGCGAAACGCACAGAGAGAUAUACCGACAGCGAGCGUGGGUAUUUUUCGACGAUUCCCGAUUUUACCCAUCGUCUGGUGUAAAACAGCAUUUCCCAACUUCGGAUGACCUUAAAAAAGAGCGGUUUGACGUUGCCUUGCGAAACGCAGAAUGGGUUUUGAAUCCCGCAGAUGCUAGAGCUCGGCAUCGAUCGCAGAAAUGGCACGACGGAAAGCGCAAGGUUAUUUGGACGUCACUUGAUUACUGA